AACAUGUACUCAUUCUGUGUGUGUGGAGCUCAAGCAUCUUUUCUUUUCGUCGCGUGCCUGUGUAGGCCCAGUACCACUAUAGCUAAGCUGGUUUUCCAAAGAAUAUUUAACGAGGCACAAAAUAGCUAUAUAUACACGAUUGAGGGCAACCUGCAAACUACACCGGCACAACCUUGUGAUCUAGCCCCCAAUAACCAAAUCCCACUUCACAGUUGAGAGAAGAACCGGCGGGAUAUGGCGGAGACGGUGCUGAGCAUGGCGCGGUCCAUGCUGGACGGCGCCAUCAGCAAGGCCGCCUCUGCAGCGGCCGACGAAAUGAGCCUCCUCAUGGGUGUGAGGAAGGAUAUCUGAAACAAGGUUUACUCUACUCACAUAAGAAUGACACCAGAAAGUCAUGGUACAAGCCACGGGAAUCUCUUCAUAGAAGUAUAUCAAAGAUGAGCUAGAGACGAUGCAGGCAUUUCUGGUGGCCGCUGAAGGAAUGAAGGAGAAAGACAUGCUACUAAAGGUGUGGGCGAAUCAAAUAAGGGACCUCUCCUACAAUAUUGAAGAUAGCCUUGCUGAAUUCAUGGUGCAUGUGGCAAGUCAAAGCUUGUCGCGGAAGCUGAUGAAGCUCAAAGACCGCCACCGUAUCGCCAUGCAGAUCCGUGACCUCAAAUCAAGAGUUGAAGAAGUGAGCAGCAGGAACACACGCUACAACCUGAUUGAGAAGAACCAAAUCACUAGAGCCAUCGAUGAGAGGGAUUCUUGCAUGGAAGACAUUCGCAACCAGUCAGCGAGCAACAUCGAUGAAGCUGAACUUGUGGGCUUCUCCAAUCCCAAACAAGAGUUAAUAAGGCUUGUAGAUGUCAAUGCCAACAAUGGCCCUACUCGGGUAGUAUGCGUGGUUGGCAUGGGUGGUCUGGGUAAGACUACUAUUGCAAGGAAGGUUUAUGAAAGUAUGAAAAACUUUACAUGUUAUGCUUGGAUCACUAUCUCGCAGUCAUUUGUCAGGAUGGAGCUUCUCAAAGUUAUGAUCAAAGAACUCUUUGGUGAGGAAGCACUCAAGGAGCAACUUGACGGGAAGGUGGUGCGAGAAGAGUAUCUUGCGAGCUACCUCAGAAAAGAGCUACUUGAGAAGAGGUACUUUGUUGUUCUUGAUGACUUAUGGAACAAAGAUGAUUGGGAGUGGAUUAAAACUAUUGCUUUUCCAAGUAAUAACAAUAAAGGUAGUCGGAUAAUGGUAACAACAAGAGAUGUUGGCUUAGCUGAGCAGUGUACCUUGGAAUCUUCUGGAUCAUUUAUCUACCACCAUCAACCCUUGGAAACAAAUGAUGCCAUAAAAUUGCUAUUAAGGAAGGUGAGGAAAAGCGAGGAAGACAUGGAAAAAUACGAGAACGUGAGAAACAUAGUUACUAAGAUAGUAAAAAAGUCUGGACGGUUACCUCUAGCUAUACUCACAAUAGGAGGCAUGCUUGCCACUAGAGAGGUUAUUGAGUGGCAAAGUAUUUAUAACCAGAUCCCCUUAGAGCUAGAGAGCAACCGAAGCCUUGAGGCAGUGAGGAGGAUGGUCACCAUGAGUUACAACCAUUUGCCCUCCCAUCUUAAGUCAUGCUUUCUGUAUUUAAGCAUAUUUCCAGAGGAUUUUGAAAUCACUAGGAGGCGUCUGGUAGAAAGAUGGAUAGCGGAAGGCUUUGUCAUCAGUAGAGUUGGGGUGAGUGUUGAAGAUAUUGGGAAUAGUUACUUUAAUGACCUAAUCAACCGGAGCUUGAUCCAGCCAUCAAGAGUGAACAUAGAAGGAACGGUGAAGAGUUGUCGAGUUCAUGAUAUUGUUCGUGAUGUCAUGGUCUCAAUUUCUAGACAUGAAAAAUUUGCAUGGUCUACAUGGGAUAAUGUAACCGGCAUAGCAGGGGAUAACUUCCGUCAUGUAGCAUAUCAAGGCAGCUGGGGCCCAAAUAAAGGCUUGGAUUGGAACCAUGUCCGAUCAUUGACCGUGUUUGGUCAGAGAACCAUGAAGCGGGCACCUUCAAUUUGUUCGCCCGACUUUAGGAUGCUUAGAGUCUUGGAUCUGCUUGAUGCCCAUUUUGUAGUCAGACAAAAAGAUAUCAGCACCAUAGGGUCAUUACGUCAGUUGAAAUAUGUCCAUGUUGGGCCUACAUAUGAAAAUAACAAGUAUAUUUACAAGAUCCCAAGAACCAUAGGGAAACUACAAGGCCUGCAGACUUUGGACAUGAGAAAUAGUCAUGUCGCAUCGCUACCAACAGAGAUCACUAAACUACAAAGCCUCCGUAGCCUCCGUUUCAGCAAAGUUAGCGAAGAUGAUAACUUAUACUGGGCUUACCCUAUGACCUGGUUCCUGUACACAUUCUGUAUUCCUAUUAUGUUCACUCCUUUAGUUAGUCCAGAUAACCGUCCAGGCCUUAUGAUGCACAUUCACAUGGCCUGGACUGGUUGUUUGACCAACUCUGAAGGUGUGAGGGUGCCCAAAGGGAUCAGCAACCUAAAGGAGUUAGAGAUACUAGAGAUUGUGGAUAUUGAACGGACAAGUAGUAAAGCAGUUAAAGAGCUCGGGGAGCUUAUAAAGCUAAGAAAGUUGAGUGUCGCAGUAGGGUCAAGCAAGCAAAAAAGCAAGAUACUCUGCACAUCCCUUGAGAAGCUCACUUCUCUGCGCUCUCUUUGCCUUCGUGUGGACUUUACUUCUCGGAGAAGCGGUGCAUCACUUAAGUGGCUGCAGUCUAUUUCCUCCCCUCCUCCUCUCCUGAGGAAGCUGACUUUGGAUGGAGAUCUUGGGGAGAUGCCUGAGUGGUUUGGGGGUCUGGUAAAUUUGGUGAAGUUUCAGUUAGAGUCGAGCAAUCUGAAGGAUGGAGAUAAAAGCAUGAAACUACUAGGCGCACUGCCCAAGCUCAUGCUUUUUCGUCUCUCUUGGAGGUCUGAUGUUGGGGAGAAACUAGUUUUCAGGGCAGAAACAUUCCCGAGUCUCAGGAGACUUGAUAUUCUCCACCUGAAGCAACUGAACGAGUUGAUAUUUGAGGAGGGCACCUCGCCCCUAUUGAAAAAGAUAGAACUCACAGGGUGCAGGUUGGAAUCAGGGAUUACUGGUAUCAAACACCUUCCAAGACUCAAGGAGAUCGAUCUGCGAGGUACUAGAGUUGCCAGGCUUUGUGUGCUGGAAGGUGAAGUCAACGCACACCCCAACCAUGCAAUGCUGCGACUUUCCUGGGACCGAAGCGACCAUGACCUGGAUCAGCACACCGUCGAAGUAUCAGGUGUACAAGUGGAAGCAACGGGGGAGCCAUCCGUUCCGGGGCCUGCAGAGGGAGAGGGCUCACAACAAGAGGCGGCCAUGCCGACGACGAGCGACAGCGAAGAUGACCUGCGCUGAUAAUCUCCGCUUCAGUCCCUUGUCUGCUCAAAUCGGCUGCAACACCUUGCUUUCAUGAAGUUGAAAUUUGGCAAACCUGGGACAAGGUGGAGCAUGGCACAAUCAAACACAUAAUCGGAUUGAUGUUACUUAUGGCGGCACAUUACCUGAUUUUUUGCUGAAGGCUGUAUAAUAGCAAGGAGCCAACUGGACGAAGGCAGAACUCAUGGAAAUACUUACUAGAGUUGGGCACCGGCUAAUGUUCGACAGCAAAGAUUUCUACCCAGAUUAUCUCAUCUCCGUUUCAUUCGCUUCUCCACCCAGAUCGGCUGCAUAUAUCUCCUCCAGUUUUUUCCUGCUGUCGAGCCCCCUAAUUCGCUUAUUCAACUUGAUUGCCACCACCUUCUGAAAGCAUGCAAUGUUCAGCCUGUAAGAGCCUGCACGUGACUUCUCUUUUUAUCCAUGCUGUUCUGCUUAGAUUGUCCUCUCAGCUUUUAUUUCCUCUGAAGUGUACAGAAGAAAGAGAAACACUCGGUUUUCAAAACAUAUACCUGAAUUCCUUCACAGUCCACAUAUAGGAAGUUAGAAGUUGACAAACACGGGACAAGGACACUACCUGAUUUUCUGCUGAAGGAUAAUAGCAAGGAGCCAACUGGAGGAAGGCAAACUCCAUGAUGCAAUUAAUGCAACUUAUUUGAGGUGGGCCCCAGUUAAGCUCAUAUUCCUUCUCUAUCUCGGCGUAUAUGCUAGGGAGGAAUUAGUGCUUAGAAUGUGGUACCAUUUCCAAAUGUAAGGAAUCUUGAUAUUAAGGAGGACCUGGAGCAACUCUGCCAGAUGAGAAUUGAGCAGUGCCUCUGCAGCUGAAGUAAAAAAGAACAUUCCAGAAAUCCGGUGCUUGAAAAGAACACUGAAUGUUCUGAAGUGCGGACUUUGAUCACACCGCUGAGGAGAAGACGUGGUAAUGCGUUCAGCUCCAAGUUCUCUGCUGGCUGGUGGCCUCUGAUAUGGUGCAAGGUGAAGCUGAGAGUGAUCUCGACAUUUCUCCGCUGCGAAUGGAAGAGCAAUGCAUUUAUCUUGGGGCUUCAGUGUAAUGGAGGGUAGUAGAAAGCCGCACUGCUACUCAGAAGGAGUUUACAAGUUGAAACUGUUGGCCUAGAUGAACAAACGAUUCUUGAGGAACACCAUGGAAUGGAAUGGCUGAUCAACCUGAUGAGAACGCCUGCAAUUUUGAAUCAGACCUGCUACUCUGUUUUCCCGUACUACUCUGUUUUUCCAAAGAUGUUUAGUUAAUCUCUAAAAUGACUUAUAUUUAGGAACGGAGGGAGUAGUACUCUGUUUUUCUAACGAAGUUUAGUUUCUCUCUGUCUGUUGCUGCCACCAUGUUUGUAAUCAAAGAAUGAGGGCAUGUGUUGUUAUCCAAGUUCCGUAAAAUUAAA